GUUCAACCAGCUUUUAUGUAAACGUUUAGAAGCUCCUGUGCAACGAUGGUAGAAGAGCCUUACACACAAGGAGGUCGCCUCUAACUGCAGGUAUUUCUUUUCAACGUUGAGAAAUCCUCAUUGUGUGCUGCUCUCAUUUGCAAGGCAUUUACCCCUUUCACAAAAUGCCAGGUCUUGUCGAAAUCGAGGAUUGUCAGGGCCGGUCUCCCCAAACCCUUCGUUCCUCUGUGUUACCGGAUCAUCUGCCACCAUUCCAUCAAUUGCUUCGGGUCCUAGCUUUGCCUUUGCUCAUAAAGCACGACCUCAAUGCAGUUUUAACUCUCAGCUCAACCUUCCGGACAUUUCCAAAAAAACGGGGGCACAGCAAAAUGGUGUUUACGAUAUUUGCUAUGGUACCAUUACAAAUAUAUUGCUUUUAUCCAUCCACUGGGCAGGCCAGAGUUGUUGCCGACCAGUUUGUGCAUCCGAAUGGUAUCACAUUCACCCACGACAGCAAAUGUGCAUUUGUGCUUCCUCGCAACGAAUCAGACUCUUUUAUCUACGGUAUUCUGAGGCAAAACGCCUCCGAUUCUGGUAUUCCCGAUGGCAUUCAGUUUGAUGCGGGAAAUAUCUAUUCAGGUUGCGGUGAGGGUACCCACAUCUGGAACACCGAAGGGACACUUAUCAGGAAGCUAUAUCUUCACAGCACUUCGGCUCAGAUGAUCUUUACGAAAUCUGGUCUCGUUAUUUUGAAUGAGGAGGUGAUACAUCUGGCAAAUGUUCAAGCUCAGGAACUUGAGUCUUGCCACAUUCAAGUUAUAGAUUCACUGCGUAACCGCCCUAACAUGAUUCAUACAUAG